GAAGAAGAAUGUAUAAAGUAAACAAACACGGUUUUCACUAGACGGAGUACAGUUUAUGUCACAAUUGACUAUAAUUUACUUUUCGCAGCAGGUUAUGAUAAUUAACGUAGCAGGUUAUGAUAAUUAGGUUAUAGUUAUGAAAAGGAUUAGGAUUAGCUAGUACAACUACUUUAGAAAGUAAAACUACUUUAUUAAACGUAAUUUAACACAAUGUAUCCCAUCUACCAAUGACCCAGAAGCACUGCGCGCUAGACUGCAGCUAAUUCUAUUCGCGUUAUCUAAAGCGGAUCCAAAUUAGUGUCUUUAUUGUUAGUUUACAUGUAUCCUUGAAAUACACAACGAAAGAACAAAGUUAACAGCUUGUUUGACUUUUGCACGGACGGACAUCUAGCUGGUGGUCAAAGGUAACGUGCACAUAAUUAACAAUGACAUGGCAAGUUCUAGGAAAGUGAUUGAACUGUUUUAUGACGUGGUCUCUCCCUACUCAUGGCUUGGCUUUGAGGUCAUGUGCCGUUAUAGAAAUGUUUGGAACAUUGACCUUAAACUACGUCCGGCACUCUUGGGUGGCAUCAUGCAAGGAUCAGGUAAUAAGCCCCCAGGUCUGGUCCCAAACAAGUUCCUGUAUAUGACCACAGACCUGCACCGUCUAGCCCAGUACUUCCAGGUCCCCAUCAGUCCCCCUGCUGACCCCUUUGAGGCCAUGUUUGAAAAAGGCUCGCUGUCUGCCAUGCGCUUUGUGGCGGCGGUACAGGAGAGGGAGGUGGGAGGAGAUAAGCAGGUAGAGCAGGUGUCACGGGAGCUGUGGAUGAGGAUCUGGAGCCAAGACAAAGACAUUACCCAGCCUGCAUCACUCUCUGAGGCAGCCAUGAAGGCGGGGCUCUCAGCCUGUGAGGUGGAAGAGCUGCUGAAACUGUCCACCUCUAAGGAAAUCAAAGACAAGCUGAAGAGAUCCACCCAGGAAGCACUGGACCAUAGGGCCUUUGGUUUUCCUCUGGCUGUGUGUCAUGUGAAUGGAAAGGCGGAGGUGUUCUUUGGCUCUGACCGGUUUGAGCUCAUUGCCCACUGCAUAGGAGAGAAGUGGAUGGGACCCCAGCCUGCUGCUGCCAAACUGUGACUUGAAACAUGAAACUGGGGCUGUCAUGUAUGGAAUUCAUUAAGAUUAAUAAAUACUAUAAAUAUGA